AUGAUUUGGCCUCUAGAUGACCAACAAGACAAGCUGCUUUGCUGCAGCAGACCGAGCUGGAGCAGCAACUGCAGAUAGCUUCUAGCUAACGCUAGCUAUCACAACAUUAUUAACCCCAAACUGGGGCUCUAAUCAGUCUUCGGUUUGUUAGCUUGUUCAAGGCUGGCGUCACUGGCCAAAGAUGCAGAAAUAUGAAAAGCUUGAAAAAAUUGGAGAGGGUACGUAUGGGACCGUUUUCAAGGCUAAAAACAGAGAAACCCACGAAAUCGUGGCUUUGAAAAGGGUUAGGUUGGACGACGACGACGAGGGGGUGCCAAGUUCUGCUCUGAGAGAAAUCUGUCUUCUGAAGGAACUAAAGCAUAAAAACAUUGUCAGACUACAUGAUGUUUUGCACAGUGACAAGAAGUUAACCCUGGUUUUUGAAUAUUGCGAUCAGGAUUUGAAGAAGUAUUUUGACAGCUGCAAUGGAGAUCUAGAUCCUGAAACUGUGAAGUCAUUCAUGUACCAGCUGUUGAAAGGCCUUGCUUUCUGUCACAGUCGAAACGUUCUUCAUAGAGAUCUGAAGCCGCAGAAUCUCCUCAUAAACAGAAAUGGGGAGUUGAAGCUGGCUGACUUUGGGCUGGCUCGAGCCUUUGGCAUUCCUGUGAGGUGUUACUCAGCAGAGGUGGUGACAUUGUGGUACCGGCCUCCUGAUGUGCUAUUUGGUGCUAAACUGUAUUCUACCUCAAUCGACAUGUGGUCUGCUGGAUGCAUAUUUGCAGAGCUGGCCAACGCUGGAAGGCCUUUAUUCCCCGGGAACGACGUGGACGACCAGUUGAAAAGAAUCUUCAGAUUGUUGGGUACACCAACCGAAGAACAGUGGCAGACGAUGACGAAACUCCCCGACUACAAGCCAUAUCCCAUGUAUCCAGCCACCACCUCACUGGUGAACGUGGUUCCCAAACUAAGUAGCACAGGACGGGAUCUACUCCAGAACCUGUUAAAAUGUAAUCCUGUCCAGAGGAUCUCUGCAGAAGAGGCCUUGCAGCACCCUUACUUUGCUGAUUUCUGCCCACCCUAGAAGCUAAAUGGCCUCUCGCUGAACCUCAGCCGCCAGAAUCAAUCAUCCAUCUCUCUGUUGGGUCAUUAGGACCAGUCCCAACAAGGCAAAUCCCUCACCGGUUUUCAAACACUCCCCUGCAUUUAAUUCUGUCGUGCCUCUGUAUGGAACAAAGCCCUAGUGGCUCUGCAAGGUUUUAGGUUCUUUUAAGUUGCGCAAGCCUGUUUAAUUUGGUACAUAAAGGCCUCCCAGUCAAUUAGCACGACUGGGGGAGGAUGCACUAUGUGUUGCAUUGAAUACAUUUUAUACCUGUGGAAAUAGUUGUCGACAAGACGCCCCAUAAAUUGCUUCCAGUAAUAGUCUUAACAUUGAUUUGAAGAAUUUAGAAAAUUUAAUAAUCAUAUAUUUGCUAUCAACAAGAAAGUAUAGACACAUGUUUUGAUGAGGAUCACUUAAAUUUGGUUAUUAAAGAGUUCAGAUGUGUUCGGACAGACUGUUUAAAGGUGACACUAUUUCUCAAUGAUCAAAAACAGUUCUUUGACAUUACCGUACUGCAGUUUGUUGUUAUUAGCAGCAGUAUACGCUGGUGCUGGUGCGUCUGUGAUAAGUUAAUAUCAGCAGAUAUAUUGGCUCUAGUGGAGACCACAGAUUCCUGGGGCAGCUAAUCCUACAACAUUGCUACAACGCAAAUUCCAAAAAAAGAUGGGAUGCUGUGAAAAUGUAACAAACAGAAUGCAGCGAUGUGCAAAUCCAUGGCGACAUACAUUCAGUUGAGCACAGUACGAAUAGAAGAUCUGCUCAAACUGGAUUGUAAAUAUUUAAACUCAGAAUAUGAUGCAUUCUGCUUUUGUCUGUUUUACACAGUGUCCCAACUUCUUUUGGAAUUGAUUGUCAGUUUUUGAAUCACAAGCAAUUCAUUUGAAAAAUGUAAAGGCUUAAGUCAAUGUUUUCUUUCUUUUUUUUAAGGAAUUGUAUGUUAUAUUUGUCACUUUAUUUUACAAGUCUGUAAUAACAAAUUUCCAAGAAAUUAAUGUGAAACGUGAAAUAAUUACAACAAUUUAAAGUAAAUAUUUAUAGAUUAUUCACCUAUUAUUGGAAACUUUACUCUCCAUAUAUACCAAAUUGUCUGUCUGUGCAAAAUUUAAAAAUCUUUGCAUGUUCAGUUUAUCUGCUGACUGAAAGACUCUGGAGGUAUUUAUUAGAAAUUAGUAAUUGGAAGUGCACCUAUUAUUCCUGUAAGUAGUACCAAAUUUUAUAUUUUCCAAGAGACUAUUGCGCAAAUACAGACCUGUAAAAUACAGUUAUAUUGUUUUUAGGCCACAACAAUCCACAGACUCAUUUUGACAUUUCACCUACCAACAGUUCAACUCUUUGUCCCACUACCUAUUACAAGAUUGUAUCAUCGCAUGGGAAGCUAAUUUAUGAUUUUAUUAUUUUCUCAGGCCUUUUAUUUCCCAUUUUGUAUUAGUUUUUUUGUGCACUUUGUAACUUUUAUUUUAAAUUGUUUAGUAUAUCAAUAUUAAAUAUGUUGAACACUGACAGCCAGGAUUAUAGCCGGUUAUCAAUUAAAUGGGCCAAUAUACAUACAUAUAUAUAAAUAAUGUUAACGACUAGGGGACCAUUAGUGACACUUUUUUUUUCAUCUUUAUCAUGAUUAUACUAAUGUCUUUUAGCUUUUCUGAAAUGCUUUUGUAAUUGUUAAAUUAGAGAAUCCAGGUAAUCCACUGAUGAUCUGUAUUUUCAUAUGAUGAUUGUUUUGCACCAUUAGCUGUUUCCAUUCUGGUUACUUAUUAUAUUAACAUGGUUAACAGCCUGCAGUGUUAUUUUACUCCAGAUUGUUGCGGCACUACUUAUCCCAUAAAAGCCUACAUAACGA